AUGGAGCAACCGGCCGCCGUCUCGGAGGUGUUCGGCAACGGCGACCUCUUCGACCAGAUCUUGCUCCGCCUCGACAAUCCCGUCUUCCUCGUCCUCGCCUCCCGAGUCGACAAGACCUGGAGAAGGCGCGCCACCGAUCGGGAUUUCCUCGGCCGCUUCCGCAACCACCUCGCUCGCCGCCCUCGUCCUCGACCCCUCGGCUUCUACGUAAGCUUCUUCAGCUACGAGAAUCCCUUCGACUGCACCAAGUUCGUCCAGAUGUCUCAGCCCCCCAAGCUCGCCGAUGUCACGAGCAGCGCCUUCUUCGGCAACUUCGGCGACAACCUCGACCCCGGCGAACAGUCGCAUGUCGUGCACUGCCGGAACGGCCGCGUCCUCCUUAAUCUGUACCGGCGUUGCGACGGUCCUUACGCUGUGCUCGGCCCGCUGGACACGGCGCCAGCCGUGGCUCGCCUUCCGCCUCUGCCGCCAUCCCCUGUCGUCAGUGACAUAGGGUUUCGGUUCCUCGCCGACCACGGCCGCGACGGGCCGUUGUGCCUCUUCAUCUGCAUCUCCAGUUCGACAGAUAUGGUGCGCUUGCCCCGCCUGCAAGAUCAAGAUGGCCAAUGGGUCGACAGCAUCUCCUGCGCCACAGGACUCUCUGCUACGCUUGGAGAUCCCGGUUGUCAAUUCCUUGCGCGCGACGAAAACCUCUACAUGCUUUCCUCCAACGGCUACAUUGUUCGCUUGGAUUUGACCUCCAUGAGUUUCCUUGUCAUGGGGCUUCCAGAUGGAGUCCAACUGGACGGCUGUGACACUGAAGAGGCCGAGGAUAAGCAGAUACUCUCACGAGCAUAUGAUGAUUUCGGGGUCUACUUCAUCCAGAUCAAGGGCUUACAUCUGCGUGUUUGGGUCUGCAAGAGCGAUGGUGACAAUGCGGGCACGUGGAUGCUGGAGGCUAACAUUUCUCUGCCCAAGGCAUUUGGUCAUCUUGCAAAGAAACCAGAAGAUUGGAGGUAUGGUCUUUUACGUCUGUUGAGUGCUGGUGACAAUGCCGACUUCGUUUUCUUGGUCGAUGGGAGUGAGAUUUAUCGGCACAUCUUCUACCUAGAUAUCAAGACCAGGAGUGUUGAGGAGGUGUAUUGCAGGUUGAAUGAAGAUCGUGAAUUGCUUGAUAGCUGCCACUUUAUGAUGACCUGACCUCCCAUCUUAUCGCCACCGGUUGAUCAAAAGAACAUGUUGUACAAAUGGUUUCUUCUUUGGCUGGAAAUUUACAAUCUCUUGGGGUUGUGGGGGACAUCAAGUUGAUGUCUGUUACAAU